GGUGCCCGAAAAAGGAUCCGAAGAAAGUAAAAAUUGUAAAUACCAAAGAUCAUGUUGCAGCGAGCGCCAUCUUCCCCCAAGCCCGGUGCAGUCAGCUCUCUCAGUGCGGGGGAGCGGCAUCUGUUUACGUUGGCUGCACUGUGCCUGAUUCUUUUCAUUGUCUUGUUUUCGUUGUUCCGGCUUUCCUCCAUCUUCAUCCCUUUCCUCGUCGCGUUUUUCCUCGCCCAACUACUAGAGCCCGUCGCGCUUUACUUGGCGACGCCGCGGGGGUGGCUGGCAAAGUGGAUCUGGAAGCGUGAGUACGACGAGCGAGUAGCCGCGAAGGAAUUCUUGGCAUUGCGGGACGCAGUGGAAGAACGACGCAGAAGUAGUACAACACACGACGCCGAUAGUGAUGGUCUUGGCAGUUGCGCGCAAGGAACUCGAAGAACAUCAGAACCGCCAGGACCAAGACACGCUGCUCAAGAUCGCGCCAGGAAGAACGGCGACCAUUGCAGCUUGGCGAUAAUAGAGGAUGCAGAAGGUGGGUGUGAUCUCGGUAAGGUAAACACUCGCGACGGAGGUGUCGCAAAUCCUGGUAAUACGACGAGAAGGACAUCAUCUUCUACCUCUUCCUCCUCCACCAGUAGGCGCUCAAGAAGGAGUCUUCGAGGAAGCGGUGAGAUAGCAAGACGAGAAGCUGCAAGUGCACACGACGAGGAAGAUGCUGCGAGAAAUAGCGAUGUGGAGAAGGUGGAAUACGACCGUGUAGUUCCGGACGUGCUUGCAGACACCCAAGAUCAUCUGCAGGAGGUGAACCUCGAACUACAUGCUGGCAGAAAAGAGCAAAGUCGAAGAGGCAGAGCCUCUGCCCGCCCCCGACGUGCAUCCAAUACAACAAACCUAACGUACCAAGACCUCGAUCCUGAGCGGUGCUGGGUGUGCCGGGAGGUGGGGCGCAAAACCUUUCUCGUCUUCACGGACGCACUGAUCCUCAUCUUCUGUCUGGGUCUGCUGUUCGGGUGCGUUAUCUUCCUCUAUGCAUUGCAAAAGUAUCGUACUCGUAUAAAUGCAAUACAAAUUUCCUAAGCAACAGCAUGAGAAAUACAAUUUGUAAUGCGGAUUUGACUUGGAAACAAGAUUUGUAAAUGCAUGACUGCAAUACAACGAGUAAGAUACUUUUGCACAGGAUAUCCUCGUCAUGGGAUUGACGAACGCGUUGCACGACGCCCCUGCGGUAUGUUGGAAGCGUCAGGUUUGAAAUCGUCAGAGUUGAAAUGAUUUGCCAUGCAUAAAAUGCAAGGCAUGAAGUGCCUGUCUUGCCGGGAUGGCAAGUGAGGCCGCGCGUCAGCCUGUUUAGGGUUUGAAGUAGAGCUGCUAAAGGAGCAUGACAAAAGCAGUCGCCUGUGCCGAAACAGCAUGACAAAUUGGAUUCCGGUGCUCGGAAAAUUUGUCAUGCGCCGCUUGGAAAUUGGGCUUCCAACUGGUAUCCAUUUUAUGCAUGACAAAUCAUUUCAACUUUGUCGAUUUCAAAACUGACGCUUCCAUACGCGGUGUUUCAGGAGUAUCUGAAGGGCGAGAAACUGAAGUCUCUCAUCGACUUCCUUGACAAGCACGGAAUUCACAACAUCACGCCGGAAACCAUCAUCCAGAAGAUCGAGGGCCCGCUGGAAAACAUCAUCGGCGGACUGCUCAGCUUUCUCACCACCAGCAUCUUGGCCAUCAUGAUGCUGUGCUUUUUUCUGGUGGCGAGCCUCAGCGAGGCCCACCCGCCGUUGGCGGCGAGCUACGUGCAACUGGUGUCGCUGAAGUAUGGCGCUCUCAACUGUUACAUUCUCAACUGUUACAUGAUUUGUCAUGCAAAUUCACCACCAAGAUCGCCACGAUUAAGCUGCUUCGCAUGACAAACAUCCGAAGGGCUAAACAGGAUCUAAAUCUGUGCCAAAUCUGUAAUGCAAAAGGCGCAUCCUUCCUCCUUUCACUUUCGCCGUUCUUGCAUUACAAAUCCAUGUAACAGUUGAGAAUGUAACGUUUGAGAACGCCAUAUGGAGCGGAAACUCUGCGAAGAGUGGAACUACCGCACUUCUUCGUCCUCUGGCGGAGGUGGGGACGGGUCGUAUAGUUCAUCUGGUGGAGCCGCAACGAGAACAAAUAGAGGUGCCGGGGGCUUCGGCGUUGCCGGAGCCGCAAGUGGAUUCAUCCCCUUGGAACUGCGGCGUGGCCCCGGAAGCACGCCUCUGUUCGAUUUGUACAACAUGGCUGGGCGCAGCGACUGCUCUACCACCUCCCUCCCGCCGUUAGCCCGUGGCUCCUCGCUCUCCUCCGGCCGGAAAAGUGCGCCGCCGGUGCUCGCGGCGGCGGACGAAAAUUUACAGGAAUUGCAAUUCAUGGCCGAGCAACAGAAACAAGGUUCAAAUUGUCCUCGGAAAAGCAAUUUUGUGUCCGGCACUGGCGCAACCGCGUACUCACAACACGAACUCCAAUCUGGAACAGCAUCUGCUGGAGGAGUCUUUGCGCAGGAUUAUUUUGAAAAAACGACCAUAUCAACCGACGACGAUUCCUCCACUGUUGCACCCUCAACGCUGGUUGAACAGCAGGGGGAGCUUCUGGACCACCAGCUACAGGUAAUCACGUUGGAGGAAGUUGCUGGUGGUGCAGUUGCUGGCCCACCUUGUUAUGCUCCUGCAGAACAACUCGGCUGCACCGCAGCCGGCGGGAACUGCAACGCUACAAAAGACCCUGCCGCGACGACCUUGCAGAUGCAUUCUAAGAAUCGGGACCCGCCCGGCGCUACCACGACCAAUAGCAAGCAGACGACCGCCCCUGCGAACAAGUCCUCUGCAUCUUCUAGCGAAGAGGCCGCAAAGGUUUUCGCUGGCCAGUUUCUGAAGCAGGCCCGGCACACGAUUCAGCUUUUUGUCGUGCUGAAAACCUUUCUCUCCGUGCUCGAGGGCGUGCUCGUCGGGAUGCUGCUAGCCGCAGUGAAGGUCGAUUUCUGGUUUGUCUUCAGCGUGAUCACCUUUCUCAUGAACUACAUCCCUGCCAUCGGUGGAGCCAUUUCGCUGAUCGGCCCCGGUGUGUUCUGCUUUUUGGAUCCCAAAAAGACGUUCGCGGACCUAGUCUUAAUCACCGCCGGCGGGGGCGUGUUGCACACCUUCGUCGGGAAUAUCAUCGAGCCGAUAUGCACUGCAAAAGUAUCGUACUAGUAUAAAUUGGAUUACAAAUUUUCCCAGGAACAAAAAUGCAAUUUGUCAUGCUAUCUCAGGUAGAAAGUUGGAUUUGUCAUGCAUGUCUGCAAUUAGUACGAGUGCGAUACUUUUGCACAGGAUAGCCGAGCAUUUUUGGCAAUGCGUUCGAGUUGGAUCCGGUACGAAAUGAUGGUUUUGCUUUUCACGAGAACAGGAACGCCAACACAUCAGUUUUGUAUCGACCGCGAAUCGUCCUGGUCUUAGAAAUGAGUAAACCUGGAAUGUAGUCGAGCGAAGAUUCACUUAAAGUUGAAACACACGGCGACUGCUCACACAUGAUGAGUAAUGCAAGAUAUAGAAUUUCAAAUCUUAUCAGAUCGUCGUCCUAUUCGCUCUCGUAGUCUGGGGCGCCUUGUGGGGCGUGGUUGGUGCGAUUCUCAGCGUGCCGCUGACCUGCUGCAUCAAACUGGCGCUCGCGCCCUUCAUCGACCGGCACGCGUACGCCCUGGUGUGUUUUUACGCCUUGGAAUUCUCUUUGCCGCCACCCGCGGCGUGGAAAAGAUUGGAGGACCGACAGAGAAGGGCGGAAAUGGCGAUAGGGUCUUGCAAGGUGUGACGACUGUGUUUUCUUUUCUCACCAACUACUGGCGAGUUAAGUACUUACUUUCUAAUGGAGAAAUACAAGUAAGCAUGUCAUCGUGUAUACAUAAAUGGAAAAUUCUUCCGAGACCAAGAGCUGAUGUAGUCCGGUCUAUGUUUUGCAACGACAUUUUGCACCAACACCUAAGAAAUGCAAUUUUUUGCGUCUGGUAGAUCCUCCUCUCCUGGAAAUGAAUGUGUAGAAGAAAGAGAAACAAAAGCAACGAGUGAUAAAAGAGAAAUAAGCAGACGAGGACAUCUGCUACGCCACCAAUUACUUUAUAUUACUUCUGUCUCGACAAGUAGUCAAAUCUUGUGGUUGGCCACCGGAUUUCGAAUGUUGACCACAUAAACUCGCUAUCGCUUCUUCUUACCCGCCCAAGCAUUGCAAACACCGUCCGAAACGUUCGACUUAAGUCUGGUUUUGCAAACACCUCAACGUGGAUGCUUUGUGGUACUGAAAAUCAAACACAAGCACAUUUGAC